ACAUGUCUCCUGAAUAUGCUAUGGAGGGUCUAUACUCGAUAAAGUCUGAUGUCUUUAGCUUUGGAGUACUGCUACUCGAGAUCGUGAGUGGCAAAAAGAAUACUGGCUUCAACAAGAACAAGUCACUCAAUCUUCUUAUAUAUGCUUGGCAGUUGUGGAGAGAUGAUCGAAGUUUGGAGUUGAUGGAUUCGACAAUAGGGUGUCCUUCUUCCACUUCUAUUAUGUUGAGAUUCAUUAACAUUGGCCUUCUUUGUGUUCAAGAAAGCCCCGCGGAUCGACCUACUAUGCCAGACCUACUCUCAUUUAUUAGCAACGAACUUUCACCUCUACCUACACCCAAGCAACCUGCAUUUGCCACCAUCUAUAAUAUGAUGGACACAAAUUCAACAACUGCCAGGGAAGGGAGUUGCACAUUAAACAACAUCACUAUUUCAACAAUGGAAGCUCGAUGAAUGCUGUAGAACAGACGUUUCUAUCUGAUAUAGUGAUAUGUGUGGACAUGAUCAAUAUGCUUCAUACUAGUUACAAAGCGAAAUACUCAAGUAGGCCUAAGGUCUGCUAAGAAUCAGUUGGAGGCAGCGAAGGCCAAGCUGGUGGCCGGGAGCCAAGCUUGAGGCCCUGGAUAAGCUUUGGGUUGAGUCAAUUUUUCUUUCAUACACUUUUAGUCUUUGUGGUGUUAGAAUCAUUCUCAGCUGUGUAAGGAACAAUAUUUGUGAUAAUACUCGUUGAAAUAUAUUUUGGAA